AUGUCGUCAAUAUCCACUUCUACCGUUCUACCUCUACACCUGAACACCAAGCAAACUCACCGUCUGCAGCCAGAAAGACUGGCAUUGCUCAUAGGCAAAAGCAAAUCUAUCAAACCCCUAAGCGAAAUUCAUGCGUUUGUAAUUCGUCAUGGUCUGGAAAGCCAUCCAGUCUUGAAUUUCAAGCUCCUGCGCUCGUAUUGUUCUCUAGGCCAUCUUGAACAUUCUGUGUCCCUCUUUAAUCGCACCCCAAAUCCUAGUGUUUACUUUUACACUGCUAUUAUCCAUGGCCAUGCCAUAAAUGAUCUCCACGAACAAGCUUUUCUUUUCUAUGUGCAAAUGCUAUUUGAAGACGUGGAACCUAAUGCAUUCACAUUGUCUGCUGUCCUCAAAGCUUGCCCGUUGGAAUCUGGGAAAUCCCUCCAUUGCCAAGUGCUUAAACUUGGCCUGGAGUUUGAUACUUAUGAGAUGCCAAACAGCCCAUUAGGGAUGCUUCUAGGCGGCUUUUGCUCACUCUCAUGGAGGUUACUUCACCAACAAUCAUUGUUGAAAGAGCAGGAUCAUAUGCUUGGACACACAAAAGCUGGAGAGUUCGAGAAGAGUUUGCAUGUACUGUCAGCUCCGCGAUUGGUCUAUUUGCAUCCACUGAACUACCUCUUCAUAAGCUCUACUGGUCAUUUAAAAUCUGAUGAAGCUCAGGAACACUUGCAUCAGACACAGGAGAAUGGUUCCAACCCUGAUAAACCUACUUCUGAUUUUAAGAAUCUGAAAUAUGCCUCUGAUACAACAGCUCUAGAAACUAUGGAUAAUCGUACGAGGGCUGAUGAUUUUUCAACACUGCGUUUGAACAGCAAUGGACUAGUUGGCUCUGAUCAUCUACGCAUCCUUGCAGACUUUGGGGUUGAUAAUGAGCUUUUACCUGAACUGACACCUAAUCAUACUAAACUUCCCGCGUUGAAGAUGAACUCUGCUCUUGAAGCAGGGCCAAGCAUUCUGCAGAUCUUCAUCUACUUCCGUAUCCAACAAUCAAUCAAUUUGGAGCAAGUUCUUCAAUCAGAUUUUGACCACUGUUCUUGA